AUGAUCGGGAAUUUUCAUAGGUUUAUUAAACAAUAUAACAAUAAUAUUAUUAAAACAAAUAUUAUAAAUAAUAGAGUAAUAAUUAAUCAAAAUAAAUCAUUUUGUUCAAUAAACAAUAAAAUAAAUAAUGAAAAUAAUGAUAAGAAAUUAUAUACAAAUAUUUUAAUGGAUUUAAGAGAUAAUCAUACAAAAAACUUUACACAAAAAGAAGUCGAAAAAUAUAUUCAAUUAGAACAAGAUAUUUUAGUUGAUAAUCAGUUUUUAGAUUAUUAUCUUGGUUUAUUUUAUUCACAAGGUAUAUUAGUAGAAAAAGAUGAAGAAAAAGCAUUAAAGUAUUUCGAAAAAUCAGCAGAUAGUAAUAACUCUAAAGGAUUAUUUUCAUAUGGUUUAUCAUUAAUUAUUGGAUCAACUCAAGUUUUUGAACCUUUAUUUCCAACAUUAACAAAUAAACAAAUAAAUAAAAAUUAUGAUAGCAACAAUAAAGAUGAUGAGGUUAUUAUUGGCGAUGGUUGGGUAUCACAAGCGAAUGUGGAAAAUAAAGAUUUUAACUAUAGGAAAUGGCUAAUAGAAGAACGAAAGAAAUCACAAACCUAUAAACAAGAUUUAGUUAGAAAAGAAAGAGAAGAAGCCGAAAGAAUUAAAAAGGGAAUGAGACUCCUCAAUCUUAGUGCAAUUCAAAAUUUACCAAUUGCUCAAUACCAGCUUGGCAAUAUUUUAUUAAAAGGUUUACAUAAUAUCGAAAAAAACGAAAAGCAGGGUUUAUACUGGUUAGAAGUUGCAUCAAAUGACUAUGAUAAUAUUAAGGCAACUUUAGAAUUGGGAAAAUACUAUUUAGAGCAGUACCAAAUCACACAAAAAGAAGAAAACCUUUUAAAAGCAAUUCAGUAUCUUAGCAAAGCAUCUAAAGAAGGUGAUUCUGAAGCUCCAUUUAUUAUUGGUUCAACUUUUUUAGGAAACGAAAAUUAUGGUAUAGACUCGAUAGAAUAUAUUAAGCAAUCAGUUGAAAGAGGUCAUAAAGCAGCCCCUACAUUUUUGGCAUUACUUUACAUGGAAGGUGUCGCAGGAUUAGAACAUUCAAUUGAUCAGUUUAAACACUAUUUGGAAAUUGGAUUAGAAAGAAAUGACUCCUUGGCCCAUUUGGUAAAAGGAGAACUUUAUUUUAAAGGUGAUUCUGUUUUUGAACAAUCUUAUAAAAAAGCUUUACACCACUUUACUAUAUCUUCCAAUUUAGGUCAUCCUGAAGGUUUUAUAAAUCAAGGUGUUUGUUUCUUUCACGGUUAUGGUACAGAAAUUAAUUAUGAAAAGUCAUUCUAUUGUUAUCAAAAUGCUUUUAAUUUAAAUCCACAAAAUAUAGCCGCAAUUUCAAAUUUAUAUAAUAUGCACAAAAAUGGUUUGGGAGUACCAAAAAAUCCCGAAGUUGCCGAGUAUUAUUUAAACCUAAUUAAAAAAAUUGAAGGUGGUAAUAUUAAAACAAUCGAAAGUAAUAAUCAAUAA